UCGGGCGCAGAGCCUUCGCCUCCGGGAAGGCAGGGUCGGGGCCGCCGCCGCGCCGCGCGGCCAGGGUCGCCCCCAGGCCGAGGAGAGCACGGAGGCCUGGGAGCCGGCGGACGCGGGGUCCUAACUGCCCACGGCGGUUCCUUGUGUCCCCGGUUCCCGUCCGUCCUCGCCACAGUUUGCUUUUGUGUAAAUCACGGUUCCCGACAUUAACCUUGCCAUCAGGGGUUGGCUGUGGGAGUGAAACAUAAUUGCUGUCAUUUGUUUAUCGAACAGUCUUACUUAAUUUUGCUUCGAUGAUUUCACGUCAUCUUCAAAACAACCUCAUGAGUGUGGACCCGGUCAGCAGCCAGGCCAUGGAGCUCUCUGAUGUCACCCUCAUUGAGGGUGUGGGUAAUGAGGUGAUGGUGGUGGCAGGUGUGGUGGUGCUGACUCUAGCCUUGGUCCUAGCCUGGCUCUCUACCUACGUAGCAGACAGCAGUAACAACCAGCUGCUGGGCACCAUUGUGUCAGCGGGAGACACAUCUGUUCUCCACCUGGGGCAUGUGGACCAGCUGGUAAGCCAAGGCACUCCAGAGCCAACGGAACUCCCCCAUCCAUCAGAGGGGAAUGAUGAAAAGGCUGAAGAGACCAGUGACAGUGGCGGAGACUCCACUUCGGAACCCGGAGCUAGGGGAGAGAUGGAGCCCAGCCUUGAACAUCUCCUGGAUAUCCAAGGCCUACCUAAAAGACAAGCAGGCCUGGAGAGCAGCCGUCCAGAAGCUCCACUGGGAUUAGAUCAUAGCACAAGCUUCUCCCCCAGCCCCAGCCUCAUCAAUGUUCGGCUCAAGUUCCUCAAUGACACCGAGGAGCUAGCUGUGGCCAGGCCAGAGGACACUGUGGGAACCCUAAAGAGCAAAUACUUCCCUGGACAAGAGAGCCAGAUGAAGCUGAUCUACCAGGGUCGGCUGCUGCAGGACCCAGCACGUACACUGAGUUCCCUGAACAUUACCGACAACUGUGUGAUUCACUGCCACCGCUCACCCCCAGGGGCAGCUGUUUCUGGCCCCCCAGGCUCUUUGACCCCCUCAGCCACUGAGCCAUCCAGCCUUGGUGUCAACGUGGGCAGCCUCAUGGUGCCUGUGUUUGUGGUGCUCUUGGGCGUAGUCUGGUACUUCCGUAUUAAUUACCGCCAGUUCUUCACAGCACCCGCCACUGUUUCCUUGGUGGGAGUCACGGUCUUCUUCAGCUUCCUAGUAUUUGGGAUGUAUGGACGAUAAGGACAUCGGGGAGACAAUGAAUGGCAUGGCCUUCCUCCUUCAUGGCCUCCCCCCUUUCCUGGCCAGAGCUGGGCCCAAGGACCUGGGAGGCAGGGAUGGGAAGGAUAUGGUGGGUGCCCUGUCCAUAGGACCCAGGAAGCAGGUGUGUGUCCACAGGGUACAGAUAUCUCUGCAAGCACAACUCAGGUAGAAACAAGGAUAUCAUCUUCCCUCUUUUGGAAUCCCAAAGUUCAAAGUGUCAAGCUCAGUGAGAAGCUUGGGCUCUGGGCCUUCCUUCCUGGCUGUGGCUCUAGCCCUUUUCUGUUUCUUGCAUGUCUGCACCCUACCCCCCAGGGCUGCUGCCAGGGCAGCUCAGCAUGGCCUUAGCAUUUCUCCACAGGGAGCUUGAAGUACCACUUCCACGCCUUAGAUGAGGGUGAUCUUUUGAAAUGAAAUUCACAGGCAGGGAUGAAGACUACUGGCUUUCCCUAUAGGCACCCAGCUGCCACCACCUCCUCCCUUUACCCCUUGUAGCAGGAAUAGGAUAUUUUGCUUUCUUUCAAAGCACUUUUUUUUUCCCCCUCUCCUAAAUAGCCGGCAUAAAGCUCAGUUAGGCAGGGGAUUGGGGCAGAAGGCCAAGCCCCCGGCGGCAUCAAGAGGCCAGGUCACAGCUGCUGCUAGCCUAGGCCUAAAGCUGCAGGAGAAGACUGGCCCUAAUCCAGUGUCCUGCCCAGGUCCAAGGACGAGCUCUGGGUAUAGAUUGCCCUGCCCUAGGCCCUCAGUUGGUGGGUCAGUAUGAGCAAAUAAAAUUGCAUUUUGUGGC